AGACAUCUGACCCAACAAUGAAAAUAUGCUGCCAUCAUCUAAUCAAGUUCAGUUGCAUGGUUUAGACAGUGGUUCCGAGGAGAACUGCCAUCAGGAUGCCGAUUUACCCAUGAUGAAUAAUAAUGGGAUUGAAAAUAUAAAAUUAAGAGGAGAUUCGAAAGCUGCCAAAUUAGGAGACCGAUACGAAACAUCAGUCCUGACUCAUCUCGCAAUUCGAUGCGCAUUAGAUAAAACGAUUCGAAACUUCCAAAUUGUAUACAACGCGAAAGACCACGGUGAUUUGGACGACAUCGUUAUCAACGAAGAUAAUCGCUUUAUGACCUGUGUGCAACUCAAACAUAAAGCAGAACGAAGCAACAUUUCGUUGGAAUACAAAAAAUUCGAAAAAACUUAUAACGAUGUACUUGUACCAAAAUAUAAGAAUCAUUUUCAAAAAGGUUUGAAAUUAAACAUUAUAGUUUUGUCCAAUUCAAAUGUUAGACUUCCUGAAAACAUGAAAAAAAUUGUAAGAAAUGAGGAAGGAGAACGUUUGGAGAAUAAGUUUAGUACCGGAAACGGAGAAGUGUUCCAACUUGAACAUGUAAAUGGAGCUGAUGAGACUCCGGAAUUUUACAAAAACUUGUAUCUAUUCUCCAAACAGGCUGCUUAUUCUCAUAGCAGAGACAUGUUCUUUAUUCAUAUUUCUCUGAGAGUGUUGUAG